UCCUCUGUGUGGGCGCCCCCCCCCUUGGGGGCCCAGGGAUAUGGGGUGCGCCUGGAGGAUGGAGGACCCCGAAAGUGCUGGGUGCCCCCAGGGAUACGGGCUGUGCCUGGGGAGAAGGUUUUGCAACCUCGCUUCCUCCCUGGGUGGCAUAAAUCGGACAGCAGAGGGAAGGGGUGCCAGGAGGCAGCACAGUGGUGGCUGCAGGUGAGGGACCUUCUGACUGGCCUGGCAGGACCCCCAGGUCUGGUGCUGCUCCACGUCCUCCCACACUCUGCACCGGAGCCCUUUGGGAGUGACGCCUGGAUUUUUCCCUGUGCCCGGGUGCUUCCCGGUGAGAACCAACUUGGGACCAAGAGAAGACCCCAGAUUUGGGAGAACGGUGAGGGCAGCGAGUGGUGAGUCCCUGGCUAAAUGGAGUCCUUCUCCUUCAAUGGGGAUUUCUCCAACUUCUUCACCCUCUACAACUAUACCUAUGACUACACAGCCAUGCCUGACACUGCUAUCUCCUCUGCCCCAUGCCGGCCCGAUGGCUCUGUCCUCAACAAGUACCUGGUGGUAGUGAUCUACUGCCUCGUCUUCAUCCUCAGCGUGGUGGGAAAUGGGCUGGUGGUACUGGUGGUGACCUCCAGCCACACCAGCCGCUCCGUCACCGAUGUCUACCUGCUCAACCUGGCUGUGGCAGACCUGCUCUUUGCCCUCACCCUGCCGCUCUGGGCUGCUUACCGAGCCCAUGAGUGGGUCUUUGGCACUGUGAUGUGCAAAGCCAUCUCUGUGCUGCAGGAGGCCAACUUCUACAGCGGCAUACUGCUGCUGGCCUGCAUCAGUGUGGACCGCUACCUGGCCAUCGUCUACGCCACCCGGGCUGCCACUGAAAAGAGGCACUGGGUGAAGUUUGUCUGCUUGGGCAUCUGGGUCUUCUCCGUGCUGCUCUCCCUGCCUGUGCUGCUCUUCCGUGAGGCUUUCCCCUCACCCAGCAAUGGCACCGUGUGCUACGAGCGCAUUGGCGGUGAGGACACGGCCAAGUGGCGGGUGGUGCUGCGGGUCCUGCCACAGACCUUCGGCUUUGCCCUGCCCCUCCUGGUGAUGCUCUUCUGCUAUGGUGUCACCAUCCACACCCUCCUCCAGACCAAGAAUGCCCAGAAGCAGCGGGCCAUGAAGGUCAUCUUCGCUGUGGUGCUGGUCUUCCUCAUCUGCUGGCUGCCCUACAACAUCACGUUGGUGAGCGAUACCCUCAUGAGGACACGGGCCAUCGCUGAGACUUGCGAGAGGAGGAACCGCAUCGACACGGCCCUCUCCGUCACACAGGUUCUGGGCUUCGCUCACAGCUGCAUCAACCCCAUCAUAUAUGCCUUUAUUGGGCAGAAGUUUCGCAACAGCUUCCUCAAGAUCCUUGCGCAGCGUGGGUUCAUCAGCAAGGAUGCCGUGGCCCGCUAUGGCCGCACAUCCUAUGCCUCCACCUCUGGCAACACCUCCACCACCCUCUGAGCCCUGCUGGGACCCAACCCUCACAGCUCCCAGCAGGUCUCAGCACCCCACACACCCCAGUAUCCUUGCCCAGCGCCCUUGGAUGCAGGUAGCAAUGCCACAGGGAUUGGCAGGACCACCACUGGAUGCUGGACCCUGGCUGGAAGUGGGCUUGGGCAGCAAAGGGGUAGGACCCCAUUGCCAGGGGAGUGAUGCCAAGCACUGCACACCCUCCUUGCUCUUUGGAGCAGAGCCUGUGACUCCGGGGAUUCUGCGACCCUGCUGUGGGGACAGUGUUCGUGGCCGACAGCCAUCCAGCAAUAAAGGAGUUGGCAUGUUGG